AUGAACUACUCCUUCAAACACAACUUCCACUGGCCGCCUACCGCCGCGCCUCCCUCUGGUCCCGCUCUCGGAGCUGCCGCAGCUGGUGCUCCUACUGGUGCCUCGCCCAUUCACGGUCCCCAUCCUCAUGUAUUCACGCACCACGGCUAUCAUGGCGGUCAUUUCCACCGCAGGAUGUUCCGCUUUGGCUUCUUCCGCAGGUUCUUCUGGUUCUCGCUCGGUGCCGGGGCCGCCACAUUCUACUUCAAACAGAAACAACGUCGGGUGGAGUCCGAGCGGGUCUCUGGCGGUACCGGCACAGUGUGCGGGACCGAGCUCGGCAGGAAGGGGUGGAAGAGCUGGCGCGACACUCAGGAUGAGUGGCAAUACCCCCGUGCCCAUCCCUCACCGACCGCCCUUCCGGCCGAUGUCGCUGUCGCCGCUCAACCCUCCGCCGAGCCGGACGUCCGACACUCGCUUUGGAGCAACAAGGGCCCCUCUUCCCCUCCCUCGUAUCCUCCUGCCGCAGCGUCCACACAAGGCACCACGUUCGACAAGGACGACAUCAAGAGCCUGCGUGCGGCGCUGCACAGGCUCGUCUUGGAGAAGAAGGUCGAGGCGGAGACGGCAGUGGAGAAAGCCAAGGUUAACGUUGACGCGAGGGAGUACGCGAGGGAGAAGCUGGAUAGGCUGAGCGUGAUCUUGGAGGGAUUGAGAGAGAACUUGGCCAAAGACGAAGGCAAGGGGAGUAAACUAGUUUAA